UUUAAUUCGGCCAAAAAAAUAAAUAUUCCUCUUUGGUUCUUACUUGUGUCCCAUUCUCAACCAGAGACCCUGCAAUCGGACGAUCGGGUUCGUGCCCGGACUUCGAAGGAUAAUCACAUAUUCGAGCUCUCCAUUCAGGGAUCUGAUAUUCUCAUCACUAUCUACACUACAGAAGCCAUGUUUCUCCUGGAUUGGUUCUAUGGCGUCCUCGCCUCUCUCGGUUUGUGGCAGAAAGAGGCCAAGAUCUUGUUUUUAGGUCUCGAUAAUGCCGGAAAAACCACCUUGCUUCACAUGUUGAAAGAUGAGAGAUUGGUUCAGCAUCAACCUACCCAGUAUCCCACAUCUGAAGAACUAAGUAUUGGGAAAAUUAAGUUUAAGGCAUUUGACUUGGGAGGUCAUCAGAUUGCUCGCAGAGUUUGGAAAGAUUACUACGCCAAGGUGGAUGCUGUGGUGUACUUGGUUGAUGCCUAUGACAAAGAGAGGUUUGCUGAAUCAAAAAAGGAAUUGGAUGCUCUGCUUUCGGAUGAAGCUCUUGCCAAUGUUCCAUUUCUCAUCUUGGGGAACAAAAUUGACAUACCUUAUGCUGCUUCAGAGGAUGAGUUGCGAUACCACCUUGGCCUAACAAACUUCACCACCGGCAAGGGGAAGGUAAACCUAGCUGACACAAAUGUACGCCCCCUAGAGGUGUUUAUGUGCAGUAUCGUACGCAAAAUGGGAUACGGUGAUGGUUUCAAGUGGCUCUCUCAGUACAUUAACUGAGGUGAUUGUCAGGAAGAUGUUUGGCAGAACCAUGAAGACCUCACCCAAGCACGCCAUCUCCUACCUGAAAAGUUGUAUUUACCCCCCUGUUUAAAUUGGAUGUAUUGUGAUCUGCAUCUGUGUGGAAGGAGGUAUUAAUAUCACUGCUCUGUAAAAUUUACUUGUGGCAGCAAGUUGUUCUUUGCUCUUGUAGUUUGUCAAUUGACUUUUGCCAUCUCUUGCUGUAAUCGUAAUGUGUAGAGCCAGAAAAUUGAAAUUUCUAUAUAAUGUCUUUGGGUCCGCAGUGAAGCAUUACUGGGAUGUAUUUAUUAGUUGUAUCGUAGGCCAGUAUUUGCUUAAGGAAAUAUUUUUAACUAUUA